AUUUAGUUUUAUUUGCAGGGUAAUUAGUUUUAUUUGCAGGGUAAAAUGAAUACCAUUGAAGAAAUUGACAUAGAUUACUUGAUUACAUUGAUACAGGAAAGGGAAAUUAUAUGGGACAAGUCAAACGUAGAUUUUAAAAAUAAAAAUUUAAAAACAAAAGCCUGGGAAGACAUAUCAAAAGUUUUAUUUCCUGAUUACGAGAAUUUCACAGCUGAACGAAAAAAUAAAGUUGGUAAUGAUUUAAUAAAAAAAUGGAGAAGUGUAAAAGAUAAUUACUUCAGAUAUUCAAAAAAAUUAAAAGAAGCAUCAAAAUCGGGCUCGGGCGCUACGAAACUGAAGAAGUAUCAUUUAUACAAUCAACUCCUUUUUUUGAGAAAAGUGGAACAAAAUGCCACCGAAUCUAGCUUAGACUCGCCUAGAGAAAUCAACAAUGAAUCUACGUCUACAAAUGAUGACAUUACCACAGACAACACUCCGCGCUAUGUUCCAGUCGCGCGCAAAAGGGCAAUGCAAAUGGAUGAGUUUGAAAGAGAAGGACUAAAACUUCUCAAGGAGCCGGAAAAUCGCCAUAUGUCCUUUUUCAGAGCUAUAUUGCCAUCUAUUCAAGAAUUUUCCGACCGAGAAACUCUCCGUUUCCAAAGUAAAGUUAUACAAAUUAUAGAUGAAAUGCGGUAUGGACAAACAUCAUCAUAUGUGAGUGGCCCAUCAACGUCUCACCAACCACCAUAUGGGUAUCAAACAGCAAAUUUUCAAAGUACAUACAUUUCUGAUUUUAAUAAUUCAAUUACAUCUCCAGAAACAUCUCAAGCAAGUGAAGAAACUGAAUACGAUUUUUCUAAUUUGUAAUUACUGGAUGAUAUCUCUCUUAAAUGUCUAAAUUUAAA